UUUAACUUAACGUAAAAAUGUUUUCCAAGGCACUUGCUAUUUUCGUCUCGGUGAUGUUAAUUCAGAGUAUCACCGGCCAAAGCAUAGGGGUAUAUAGCCCCGCUGGUCUUGGAAAUCCUGCAGCUAAUGCCGUAGCCAAUACUGCGGUUGCAGCGGAAGCUGCUGCCGUAGCUGGUAACAACAUGGCAUAUGCAAAUGCUUACCCUGCCAAUGUCUACAACCCUAGUGCCUAUGCUCCAAAUGCCUAUCCACCAUGCUAUGGUAAUUAUGCCAAUCCUAUGGUUGAAGAAAUGCCAAUCGGACCUAAUAUUCCAGGACUUACAUAUGGUUUGACAUUAGCUGAUUUAGCUGCAUCUAACGGUGGAGGUCUACGAGUUAUGAGCUCUUCUCCUAUUGCACCAACUGGCAUAACUGUUCAAUCAGACAAUAUUGCUAUCGAAGGGCCGUUAGCGGUUUCUGGGCAAUUACCAUUUUUGGGGGUCGUGGCAUUGGAAGGUCCUUUGCCGGCGUCAGGACAGGGUGCGGUGGCUUAUGGAUGUGGAAAUGGAAAUGUCGGAAUCGUUAGUGAAGGUGUUAAUGAACCCGCUGCGAUGGCUAAUCCAAACGCGUAUGCCAAUGCAAACGCAUAUGCUAAUCAAAACGCGUAUGGCAACCCAAACGCAUAUGCUAAUCAAAACGCGUAUGCUAAAGCAAGUGCAUAUGCUAAUGCAUAUGGGAACGGGCUGGGCUACAACGGCUAUCCAGCAGGUUUUAAUGCACCAACUGGUGCAGUAUACUAGUUAAGGUUGUUUAAUAGGUGAAUAAAUUUUUUUGAGUUAAA